GAACUACUACAUCAUAUCGAUAUUCAUGCAUAUUAUUAUGGUUUCAUGUAUGUUCCCCAAAACACACACACUCUGAAGCUGCUUUUAUAUGAAGUAUAUCACCAAUGAUGAUGAAAAUCUCACUGGCAUUUUUUCUGCUUUUGGCAAUAACGGUGGAUGCAGGAGAGAUUGUGGCGUUUGUCGGGGAAACAUUGUCUUUAAGGUGUACUGUUACAAAUUCUUAUCAACAGUUUUUCUGGAUCAAAGACUCAACAGUACUUGCAAAAAGUACACCAGAUGGCGUAACUUUCGAUCCGAACAGGAUGGGUAUUCGCUAUCCCUCGGCCGAGGAUCGAGAACUCACUAUAUAUGACGUCACAAAGAACGACGAGGGGACGUAUACCUGUCACGUGACUUUCAAAGAUGGAACCACGACGGUGUCUUCUGAUCAAGUCAGAGUGGAAUCACGGAUCGCGAACGACUUUACGACAUCUACUACCGAGGUUACAACUGCAGAUCGGGAGAGGGAGGAGGAGGAGGAAAGUGCCAUUUCAAAUGUCGCUGAGCAGACCAUUAGGGUGGGUGACGAACUAACCCUGGUGUGUCCUUUUUACAUGGUUUCCGCAAAGUAUAACUGGCAAAAGGACGGAGUCCCAAUCGCCUACGGUCCCCCAGACACGGUCAACGUAGAUGCCGGGAGAAUAUCAGUUAAUGCUAGCAGCAACGGGUGGCUAUUGCUGCAUAUAGACCCGGUCCGACUACAGGAUGCUGGGACGUACCUGUGUGUUGUGGAUAUUUCAUUCGGACCACCUUUCCAGAUGUCCAAGAAAGUCCGUGUGUUAACUGAAGAGGAGCAAGUAACAACGACACGUGAUAUGGGGACUACAUAUUUAGAAACGACAUCACUUGUUUACCUGUCGACUUCUCAGAAAGAAACCUUGUUAAAUCCAUCAACAGAUGUGAACUCGUCAUCCCCUAGAUCGUCUGCUUCAAGAGUAUUCCGGUCCUAUGUACUCUUCAUCGGAAUAAUAUUCAUUCAUUUUCUUCAAGCAUUGUUCAUGUAAUUUAUAGCUGUUAUAUAUAAUUUAUCCAAUAAAAUAUUCAAGAGGUGGA